UCGUUUUUUCAUUAUGUCAUUUUCUGUUCUUCCAUCUCUUGUCACGCUCUCGCGGUAAUACUAUUAAUACCAUUUUUCUCUUUUAUUUUUUGCUUUAUAUAAAAAUAUAACAAACAAUUUUCUUCGAAUCAAUUCUCACAAUUCAAAAUAAAGAAAAAGAAAUAUUUACUAUAUAUCUAAAAUCUCACUACAAACCUACGCUUUUCUGCGAACCUCGAGCGCUUCACUAGUGGUGGUGUGCAUGGCGAUUGCAGCGGCAGUUGUCAUCGUUCCAGUGGGCCUGCUCUUCUUCAUCUCCGGCCUCGUUGUUAAUCUCAUUCAGGCAGUUUGCUUUGUUCUCAUUUGGCCACUGUCCAAGAACACCUAUAGAAAGAUCAAUAGGGUAGUGGCAGAGUUGUUGUGGCUGGAACUCAUAUGGCUUGUUGAUUGGUGGGCGGGAGUUAAGAUUAAAGUGUUCACAGAUCCUGAAAGCUUCAAUUUAAUGGGUAAAGAACAUGCCCUUGUUGUGGCCAAUCACAAGAGUGAUAUUGAUUGGUUAGUUGGAUGGCUUUUGGCUCAGCGUUCAGGAUGUCUUGGCAGUGCAUUAGCUGUAAUGAAGAAAUCCUCAAAAUUCCUUCCGAAUAUUAUGAAACAAUACCAUUAUGUUCCUGGUACAGUUAAUUUGUAUUUCGUAGUGACAAUUGGUGUCAGUCUUUCUCAUGAUGGGCGAUUCAGUGAAGUUAUAGGUUGGUCAAUGUGGUUUUCUGAGUAUCUGUUUUUAGAACGAAGCUGGGCCAAAGAUGAAAACACAUUAAAGGCAGGUCUUCAACGUUUAAAGGACUUCCCACGGCCGUUUUGGUUGGCUCUUUUUGUAGAAGGGACUCGCUUCACACAAGCAAAGCUUCUUGCAGCUCAGGAAUAUGCAGCCUCACAAGGAUUGCCUAUACCUAGAAAUGUUUUACUUCCUCGUACAAAGGGUUUUGUUUCAAGUGUAAGUCAUAUGCGUUCAUUUGUCCCAGCCAUUUAUGAUAUGACAGUGGCUAUUCCAAAAAGCUCACCUUCACCUACAAUGCUUAGACUUUUCAAAGGGCAACCUUCUGUGGUGCAUGUGCACAUCAAGCGGUGUCUCAUGAAGGAACUGCCUGAAACGGAUGAGGCUGUUGUGCAAUGGUGUAAAGAUAUGUUUGUGGAGAAGGACAAGUUGCUGGACAAAUAUAUAGCUGAGGACACUUUCAGUGACCAACCAAUGCAGGAUCUUGGUCGGCCAAUUAAGUCUCUUUUGGUUGUCACCUCUUGGGCAUGUCUUAUUGCUUAUGGGGCUCUCAAAUUCCUACACCGUUCUUCACUUUUGUCCUCAUGGAAGGGCAUUGCAUUCUCCUUCUUUGGCUUGGCCAUUGUUACCAUCCUCAUGCACAUCUUGAUUCUCUUCUCUCAGUCAGAGCGUUCAACUCCUGCCAAGGUUGCACCAGGGAAGCCCAAGAAUGAUGGGGAGACUUCAGAGGCAAGGCGGGACAAACAGCAAUAGAUCAGAGCUUCCUCCCAAGAUAUCCAUACGAAAGGAACCUCAUCUGCAGUCAUAUUUUCAUAAACCUACAGUAUGUGUAGUAUCUAUAUCACUUUCACUUUCGCUUUGAUUUUAGACUUGUUUGAAGUGUCUUUGAUCAUCAGAUGACAGGUUUGUAUGCAUUAUCAAUUCUUUGUUUUCUGGUAAACUAGGGUAAUUUUUGUAUAGACAGUUAAAAAGGGCUGUAGCAGUAAUGGUUACAUUAGGCCAGCCCUAGUGUUACUUUUGGAUAGCUCUUUGGCGGAUAUAGGAGUUUUGGGGUUGUUGAAUCUUAAAAUUAUAUUCACUUGCCUUUAUAGUUUUCAUUUU